GAUCGGUUCUACUCUAGUAAGCCGCGAUCUCGUGACCGCGUUCCACCUUACUCGAAGUCCAUUCGCGAUUCAUGUCUACGCCAAGUUUGAGCCCUGCAGACAUUCUCAGCUUCCAGUUCUCGUCCUGGUAUCCUAAAUUCUCGGCGAUAACCAUCAGAUCCACUGUAAUACGACCACUUCCUGCGGAUUUCGUCGAAUAUCUACACUCAGACGGUGUCCAUGUUCCCGAGGGAUCGGAUGACUUGUAGGUCGAUCUAUACCCCAAAAGGCCAUCGUCUCAUCUCUAGGCCCGCUGAGAGUACUUUGUCCGAUGAUGAAGAGGAAUCUGAGAGUGAUGAGGAAGACCGAGUCAGGUUUGCAUUCCCCGAAUUGGAUGCUCAAAUACGCGCAGUUGUCAAAGAAUACGGAUCGGUCUUUCCCAAGCUCAACUUCUCGUCGCCCAAGGUGAAGUAGAAAACAUUCACCAGUAUCCGGGGCACUAAUUGUACCCAGGAUGCAGCUUGGGUUCUGCCUGCCUCAUCCCCUCUUAAAUGCCACUCUCCCGCAGACAUUUACAUGCUGCUGAAAUCUUCCGACUUUAUAACACACGAUAUAACUCCAGACUCUGUCUUCGAAGGGUGUUCCACGAGCCCAGAACCCGGUACAUAUGCCCUCGAACUCGUGCUGAGGAAGUGGUUUCCUGUCGAACACAGUCGAGAACUUCGGUGCUUCGUGCGGCAGAACGAGCUGAUAGGGAUCUGCCAACGGGACACCAAUUAUUACGAGUUUCUGAACGAUCCGGCCACACAAACUACCAUUGUAUCAUCGGUUUUUGAACUUUGGGGGCAGAAGAUUAGAGAUGAGUGGCAGGGACCUCCUGAUUACGUCUUUGAUUUCUUGCUCACCCGGGAUCUUAAAAGGGGGCAUGUUCUGGAUUUUAAUCCCUAUGCUCCUCGAACCGAUCCUCUUCUCUUCGAAUACGAGGAGCUUCGUCGAUCCGAAGGCAGCGAGCCUGAGUUCCGCAUAGUUGAUUCGAGAUCCCAUCCAGCAGCAACGAGAAACGCACCUGCACAUCAGCAUAACAUGCUCCCUUUCGAGGCUCUGAGCCUGAGCAAUGGCCAAUCUAUUGAGGAGUUCUCAGGAAAAUGGAAGG